GAAACGGAUGACUUCUGACAAAGCCUGCCUGAGGUAAACCAGAGAGGUUGUGGAUGGAUAUAAAAGUCAUGUACACUCAGGCUGCCUCUUAGGAUCACACCAUACCAGGAUGACAGCCAAAGACAGGGAAACGGAGGAGGACCACCUGUCCAACAACAUCAAUUCAACAGGUCAAGUGGGGGCCACACAGAGUGAACCCAACCUUACCCUUGCCUCCAGCGCAGUUGUGAGGGAGCGGGGUCGAAGCUGGGGCGGGUUGCUGUCUGGGAUCAUUUCUCUAAACAUUCUGAUCCUUGGCUGUGCCCUGGUCAGUGCAAGUGCCUUCAACAAUUCAAUCAUCGGCUCUGCUGAGCUGCAGAUUUUCCUCAUCAUCCUCAUCCUCCUCACUACCAUAUGGAUGCUUUACUAUGCCAUCUACAUGUCUGUGAAAGAUCAAGCUGUAACUUACAAGGAUGGUCAUGCUGGACCCAUAUGGCUCAGGGGAGGACUUGUGCUCUUUGGACUCCUAAGUCUCAUCAUGGACAUUUUUAAGAUUGCCAGCUAUGUGGGCUACCUCCACUGUGAUUCUGCUGUCAAAGUUGCCUUUCCCGUGAUACAAGCUGUUUUCAUACUUGUGCAGACAUACUUCCUAUGGAUUCAUGCCAAGGACUGUGCACAGCUACAAAGGAACAUAACACGCUGUGGGCUGAUGUUAACCCUUGGCACAAAUCUAGUUAUCUGGAUGACACUGGUCACUGAGGAGUCCCUUCACCAAACAACCAUCCCAGAAUAUCCAAACAAAACCAAAAUCUAUGGUCGAGCUGCCUUUAAUCUUAGAGCAAGUUACGGAGACGAUAAGUGCAAGUGCAGCCACUCCUCAUGUAGCAUGUUCAAAGAUGCUUACUACUACCUGUACCCCUUCAAUAUUGAGUACAGUCUGUUUGCUUCAGCCAUGGCCUACGUCAUGUGGAAAAAUGUUGGCCGUAAAGCAGAUGAACACCACCACCACAGUGUCAAGUUUCGUGUCAAGGAUGUAUUUUUGGGUCCUAUUGCUGGAAUUCUCUUGGUGAUAGCAGGUCUGGCAACCUUCAUAGUGUACGAGGUGGAAGUGCUGAAGGACGACGAUGAUGACGACAGGCUAGACAGAGCACUGAUGAUGCAUUUUGUCAUGAACGUGGUGAUCGUGACCCUGAUGUCUGUCUCCACCAUGGUCGGCUGUGUCAUCCACAGGCUGGACCAGAGGGAAUACGUCUCUGAGAAAAACCCCACACGCAACCUGGACGUGGGUCUGCUGAUAGGAGCCUCAAUGGGGCAAUUCAUUAUCAGUUACUUCUCCAUUGUGGCCACAGCAGCAGCUGGAGGCAAGGGCUACCUGAAUGGCCUCAACCUGGCCUGGGGUGUUCUGACUGUGAUCCAGCUUGGCCUGCAGAACUUCUUCAUCAUCGAAGGUCUGCAUCGUGAGCCAUUUCACGAGGAACACCCAAUCACUGUGUUCACAAAUCCAUACGUACUUGAAGCGAGCAGAGAGCUGAGCAGCCUUGAAGGAUCAGACAUGGACACCAAGCCCAGCCCAGUACUGACAACGCACACUCUAUCACACAGACCCAAACUGACCUGGAAGAGAAGGGUGCUGAAGGAGGUCUGCGCCUUUCUGCUACUUGCCAACAUCAUUCUCUGGAUCAUGCCUGCAUUUGGUGCUCGUCCUCAGUUUGACCAUGAUGUUGAAAUUAAAUUCUACAAGUUCAGCGUGUGGGCAGCUGUUGUGAAUAUUGGACUUCCUUUCGGAAUAUUCUACCGAAUGCACUCAGUCGCCAGCCUCUUUGAGGUGUUUGUUACCUCAUAACGCUGGAGGACAAUGAAGGUGCACACCCAACUGUUCUGACAAUAAAGAGGUUUUGCAUAACUUAUAGGUUGUUUUGAUGAUAUUCUGAUAUUUCCUCACAAAGUUGUGUAGCAGCAUGU